AUGACCUCCAGAAACCCAGUAGCCAAGAACGAGCCCAUCGUCAUUGUUGGAGCUGGUGUCUUUGGCCUCUCAACCGCCCUCGAACUCAAGAACAGAGGCUAUCAAAAUGUCACAGUCCUAGAUCGUUAUCUCCCGCCCGUCAUAGACGGAAGCAGUGUUGACAUCUCCCGUGUUAUUCGCGUGGAGUACGCUGAUCCCUUCUAUGGCAAAAUGGCCCGCGAAGCCCUUGACGGUUGGACGGGUCAAUACUCUGACCACUUCCACCAGUCAGGCUUUGUGAUGCUCACGGACAAAGCAGGAAACUCUUUUGCCGAGCAGAGCAAGAGUGCCAACAAGUCCCUUGGAGAUACACUGGAGGAGUAUGAGGAUGCACACGAUAUCCGCAAGCCGUUCCCUGCGGUUCAGGCUAAGCUUGAUGGCCUGAAGGCGUACUAUAACAAGACUGGUGGUUGGGCUGAUGCUGAGUCGAGUAUACGACAAUUGGCUAUGGAGUGUAGUCUUGCUGGUGUUUCCUUCAUCACAGGUGCAAGAGGACGUGUUUUGUCAUUGCGGUACAGUGGACGUAAAGUCACUGGCGUCAACGUCGCUGAAGGAGAACCCAUCACAGCUGCACAAGUCAUCUUGGCUACAGGAGCAUGGUCAAACAGACUAGUUCCUAUCAGCCAUGCUUCAUCUGGCUCAGGUCAACCAGUUGGCUUCAUCCGUCUAACUCCCCAAGAAGCAGAGAAGCUCGCAAACAUGCCCGUCAUCAUCAACCUUAGCACAGGAGUUUUUGUUUUUCCUCCUACACCAAAGACGCAUAUUCUCAAGAUCGCACGCCAUGGCUAUGGAUGGGCGACAGAGUUCGAUGCCCAAGAUCCUCUAGGUGAAUCUCGAAAAGUGUCAACUCCAAAGAGAGAUGAGAACAACGCAACUGCGAAUUAUCUCCCCGAAGAUGCUGAAAAGGCUCUCCGUGAAGGUCUACAACAGCUUGUACCAGAAAUUGGUAGCCAUGAGUGGCUGAGACAGCGUCUCUGCUGGUAUUCCGAUACGCCUGAGGGCGACUUUAUCGUGGAUCAUCAUCCUGCUCGCGAGGGAAUCUUCAUGGCUACUGGUGGUGCCGGACACGGGUUCAAGUUUCUUCCUGUUUUAGGACGAUAUAUUGCUGAUUGCUACGAGAACAAAGCUUCUGAAGAGCUUCGACACAAGUGGAGGCUUAGAGCGCCGACUGGGAAGGACAUGGUGAAGCAGGGUGAUGGUAGCCGAGGUGGUCCUCCAUUGCGCAAGUUGACAAGGCUCGAACAGGCCAAGCUGUAA